AUCGCAUUUGAACGCAGGCGUUCGUGGUGUUCGCUUAGAAUUUCGGUGGUCCGUGUCUAUUGAACAUUUUAUGUGUUAGUGUGAGUGAUUUCGAGCAGGGGUGUGCAGGUCGGGCGGUGCCUUUGUCCUUUCAGGAUUACCAUUACGCGCCCAUUCGUCCGGAACGGGAAAAAAUAAACCCCCUUUAAAGAUGGAGUGUGGAGUAACGGGGGGUUACACGAACGGGACCACUCCUGCGGGAAUCCUGGCCGACGUCCGCUCGCAGCGCUCGCCUUCCAAAACCGGGCUGCACGUCAAUUUCAAGGACAAGGGCGAGAUUAAGGAGCGCAGGGAGAAGUUCCUCACUGCCAAAUACGGACAUCAUCAAAUGAGUCUGAUUCGAAAACGACUGGCUGUGGAAAUGUGGCUUUACGAAGAGCUCAAAAAGCUCUACGAAACUUCGAAACAAGUAGACGAUGUAAAUAACGACGAGGUAGAAGUGGACAUAGACGAACUUCUAGAUAUGGACAACGAUGACGAGAGAAGGAGGCAUUUACAGAAUCUCCUGAUAAAUGCCAAAGGGUCCCAAAGUGAUGUAAAAAAAUUCAUCAAUGAUCUGUUAGAUAAAGCAAAGACUCUUUAAAUAAAGUGAAGUGCCAAGUAGGUUCAGUGAAGACUUCGGCCCUAUGGCGCCCUGUUUGCACAAGUUUUAGUGAUUAUAAUUAUUGCAUCAUCGAUGUUGAUCGUUCGAAACUGUAUUCCAUCCUAUCUAUCAGGAAGGUCGGCGUUUCGAGACAGUUUGGACCGAUUUCGUUACGUUGUAAUAGACACACAGUCUUGUCGUUAGCCGUGGCCAGUUUUGCCAGUUGUUAAUUGAAAAAUAAUAUUGAGAAAAACUCUAAAUCUUUUUCUAAUUUUUUAUAUUUUUAGCGCUAAUUUUAUUGUAAUGAAACACUGUGUAAAGCGCGUGUAGCUAGUCCUGACGUAGAGUACGACGUGUUGUUUAGAUCAUAUCAGACUGCCUCCGUUAUGGGAUUAUUAAUAUCGUGGCUUUUCUAGCUCCUUAUCGUUGGGUUUCAUAUCGACAGUGCUCAAAAUUUUUGUAACAUGUGAUGAUGAAUGUGAGCUUCCUCGAAAUUAUUCAACCUAUCGUCUUAUUGGCCUCACUUCGUUUCGUUGGAAUUAUUUAGAAUAAUGAUCGUUUGGUGUACUUAUAGGAUAUUUAUCUGUAAACUGCAGUUGAUCUUUGUGAUCUCAGCCCUCUCAAAUCUGACAUGUGUAUCAUAGGAUGUAUGUAGGAAGUUUAGUAGUUGUAAGACAUUUUAUGAAAUAAAUAGUUUCGAUUCGA